ACAGCGCUGACGUAGUGCGGAUCCAACUGCAUGUUGCUGUGGAAGUUACUAGAUCAUCCUACGGACUGGGAAGAUAAACGUGACUGGUUACGUAACUUGUCAAAAAGGAAAUUUUGCUCCAUCAAUUGCUACCUGGCGUCUGAAGAACGGCUCGUGCCUUUGGCUUCCAGCUGUGUUGUCACUGGUGGAAAGGUAGAGAGGGUCCAUAAGCAAAACCUGACCAUGGCUACAGUGCAUCACCAAGGCUACCCGCUCAGGGAUUCACUGUACUGGGAUGAAACAGAGUGCCUCAACUACUAUGGGAUGUUGUCUCUCCAUGAAGUCUUUGAAGUAGUCGGUUCUCAGCUGACAGAGACUGACAUUGAAGUGCUGUCGUUUCUUCUGGACGAAACCUGCUCUGCAACACAUCCUCUUGAUCCAGCAGGCUGGACAGUUGAGCCUCGUGAGGACAAUCCAGAUGAUUCAGGUGUGGUCCCGAGUCCACAACUGCUAAAAGCAUGGCGGCAGUUAAAGUCUAAGGGGUCACAGUACCCCUUUUUUGACCCAAAACCCAAGAGUGGCCUUGAGCUUUUGCUACAGCUUGAGAGGAGAGGAUACCUCAGUGAUGGAAACCUGGAGCCACUACUGCAACUUCUAAGAGUCCUUACCCGUCAUGAUCUGCUGCCUUUAGUGUCCCACAAGAAAAGGAGGACAGUAUCUCCAGAGAGAAUUGGACAGAGGUAUAACAUAGAGAGCACAGAGUUAGUGUGUACCUCUGGAAUGAGUAGCAGCUGCAGACAGACAGACACUCCUCUUGCAUCUUUCACACAACAAUUAGGAACUGGUAUUUACCCUCCUGUGGCUGGGCCAUCUACACGGAGGCGGAGGAAGAAGAGGGGAAAUGGCUGGAGCCGUAGGUCCAAGAAAACAAGCAGGCAAGGCCAGCCUCUGCCUCCACCCCCUGCACCACACAAAGUGUCCUGUGAUAUUCGCCUGCGUGUCCGGGCUGAAUACCUGGAGCAUGAGUCGGCGCUCCGCAGUGGCGUCUCCUCGGACAAGCGUCAGCCACUGGAGCGUCAGUUUGAGUUGUUCAGUCAAGCAAACUCACUGCUGCGUGCCAGAGACCUGGGUUCCAUCGUCUGCGACAUCAAGUUCACGGAGCUGGCCAACCUUGAGGCUUUCUGGAGUGACUAUCUGAGCGGAGCUCUAUUGGAGGCCCUGAAGGGUGUCUUCAUCACAGACUCUCUGAGGAAUGCAGCCGGCUCAGAGGGUGUGCGCCUACUGAUCAGUGUGGACCAAGAUGACUAUGAGGAGGGCCGAAGGCUGCUGAGAGCUAAGAAAAUUAUGGUUGGGCACCCAGAGACUCACUAGGAUUCAUAAACUGAUAAGACUCUCUGGGGUGUAUUAUAUUAAACUUGAAGAACAGAGAAGGAAGGAAUGUAAUUAUUAGUGGGAACAGGCAAGCUUGGAAGUAUUUUGAGGCCUCCCUUUGUAGUUGCGUUCUAUGUAAUGACCACUAGAUGGCGUAACUCACCAUUGGUUCUUUGUGUUCAUAACAAGCCUUUAAUUUUUUUUUUUUUAAGAACUGUCAAAUUUUAGUUGGAAAUUUACUAUUUGUAAAUGAAAUCUAAAUAAUAGAUCAGUGUACUUUGCCUUUGGCUUUAUGCACAGGUGCUACGUUAUAAGACACCAGGAUGACAAAGAUUUUUUUUUUUUUCUUUUCUUAGUCACAUUGAGAACUGGAACAAGCAAGCUUGAUCUGUGUCACAAGAUCAUGUAGUAAGCCCCUCAGAGUUUUAUGUGUCUUAAAAAAUAAAUUUAAGGCAGCUGGGCUACCACAAAUGAUACAGAAUAAUACAUUUUGGUUGAUAUAAACACAUAAAUAUUAAUGCACAGUUGUGCCAAACUCGUUAUUUAUAAUUUAUUUAGUUUUUUUUUUUUUUUUAAAUAUGUAGGCAGUGGGCAUUUAGAUUCCAACAUUUGAAAUUCUCAAACACAAAAGGACUUUUAUUCAAAAUGUCAUUCUUCAUUAUCAGAUACUUUACCAAAAAUUGGGGUUUGGAAGAACGUGGCAAUUCUUAUUAAAAUCUGUUAAAAGUAUAAAGGAACCUGCCAAUUAAAGUUUCUGGUCUUCAGUGAAAAAACGUAAUGGGAAAAGUGGACAACUCUCACUACAGAUCGACCUAAGUGUGUAACUUUGGAGAGUCCGCACGUCUAUAUCUAGAUAACAAACACUGGAAUUUCCAGUCUUGUGUACCAUGAUAACCCAACUUGUGAUUGCUGUGGUCAGUGGAUACAGCAGUUGCCAGUAGAUGACAGCAGUGAUUAGGGCUAGGUCUCAACAGACCAUGGAAGAUUCAUCAUCACAAGAUUGUCAACGGCAGCCUGGAUAAUGCAACGGUGGCUUGUGUCCGGGCUUCCAGCUAGGCCUCAGCAAGUGCUGCUCUCAGCAAGUAAAGCGCAGGACAGUGCAUCGGUCAAUAGAAGUGAUGUUGGGGAGAUCAAAAUCAAAAGUGUACAUCCCAGCUCCACUCAGCCCUGCGAUGUAGGCCCAGUAGAGUGGCUCAUGGACAGCUGUCGACUCACCCUGCUGGAACUAAUGCCUGGACUUCACUCAUGGAGGACGAUCAAUAAGCCCCCUCACUCUAAGUCCCUUCAUACAGGCACGACUUAAGCAGGCAGACACUGUCUGAAGUGCAGUCUCUGCAGGACCGGGCACAGAAAGGGACAAUGGACAUUUCCAUGUUUACUUUUGUGUGUAUUUGUUAAGUGAGAUAACUAAUGUAUGUUUGUAUUGUUUCAUGGGAAGAUUAAAAAAAAAAAAAAAUGAACAGAAUAAUUUUUGUUCAAGAAAAAUUUACUUUCUGAAGGUCAAUUCUUCUUUUUGUGGAAGUCUUUAUAUAUUAGAAUUUAUUUCAUGUGAAUAAUAAAGAUUUUGAUGGCCUAA